GUCAGGGCACACAUGCCUCAGCUGUGAGAGGCCCAACUCCCCUUGGCUGGCUGUCAUCCCAGAGCAGAGGCAGAGAGACACAGAGACUAAGCGUGAAGAGAAAGUUAUAGUGUAAAGUAGACUAGAAAGAGGCAAGUGUUUGAGAAAGUUGUUUUAAAAGAAGAAGAAGAAAGGUUUACAGACUUGAGUUGUGUGUAGCAAGGCUCCUGCAGGUCGUUUUUCAGUAGUUUAUUUUUAACUGUAGCCAGUGCGCAGGCGGUUUGCAUUCAGAGUUGACAGCCAUGGCGGAUACAGGUGUCAAGAAGGCGCACGUAGAAGAGCCUUACGAUGACGACGACGAGGUAGCUCUGGUGACCGCCGCCACAGAGCCGGCUGUAGACGACGAUGAUGAUGAUGAUCUUUCUGAGGACCCUUCUGAGGAGGUGGACCUGGAACUGGCCACCGGACCUGGAGGCAAGACUGAAGCACAGAUGAAUGGGGUCAUGGUCCUGUCUCUGCUCGACAAGAUUAUCGGCGUAGUAGACCAGAUCCAGCAGACCCAGAAUGGGCUGGAGGCCCGGCAGGGGGCCAUGGAGAAGUCAGUGUCAACCAUCCAAGGGGAGCUGGCUAAGAUGUCCAAGAAUCACGUCGGCACAACCCACACUGUCAACAAAAUGCUGGAUAAGGUACGCAAGGUCAGCGUCAACGUCAAGUCGGUGAGGAACAACCUGGAGAAGCAGGCGGGCCAGAUCAAGAAGCUGGAGAGCAACGAGAGCGAGCUGCUCAAGAGACGCAACUUCAAAGUGCUCAUCUACCAGGACAAAGUGAAGCCUCCUAAAACAACCAAAUCCAAGACCGCAGAGACCUUGGUUGAAGGCAUAGCCGUGGAGGGCCUUGAGCAGAUACCUGAGGGACAAGAAGAAGUUCAAGACCAUCUCAACUCCGAUGAAGAGGUGGAGAUUGAGGAGAUUAUCGAGGAGUCUCGCACCAAGCGCAUCCAACGCACCACCAAGCAGCAAGUGGACAACAUAAAGAAAGCCUUCUCCAAAGAGAAAAUGGAGAAGACCAAAAUAAAGACAAAGGAGAACUUGGAGAAGACCAGGCAGAGAACCCGCGAGAACCUGGAGAAAACAAGACAGAGAACCCGUGACAAAAUGGAGAAAACCAAGCACAGCCUGGGGCAGAAGAUGGGCCAGCUCGGGACCCGCAUGACCCCCAACAUGGAGCGCAGGGCAAAGAUGAAGAGCUCCAAAGAGAAGGCCAAGAAGUCCCUCAAUCCUGAACACAAGGUCUACGCCCGCUCCAAGACCACCGUGUACCGCGUGCCGCCCUUCACCUUCCAUGUGAAGAAGUUCCGAGAAGGAAUGGAGGAGGUGGUGCCAAACACAGAGAUGGAUGAGGUGGCCGACGAUGAAGGAGAGCCAGGGGGAGAGGAGAACGGGCUGGGGGUGCACGUGGAGGUGGAGGAUGGGCAGCUGGUGAGGGUAGACAGCCCAGAGAUGGAGGCUCUGUUGGAGGUGACUGAGGACUUCCAGCUGGUCAGGGUGGAGCCGGACCUUCCAAAGGCCCAAAGCGAGUAGAGCAUCCCAGCUCUGUGUCCUAUGAAGGAGGGAAUGAAAGGAUGACGAAGGGAACAUUAGACACAAUAUUAGUCGUGGGGACUUUAUAGACGUGAUCACAAUCUAUGAUAUCUUUUUUGAUUUCUGUUCUCUUUUUAUUUUACCCAACAGGGAUGACUUUCAUAUUUGCUCUUCUUUAGAGAAAAACAAAAAAGGCUAGCUUUUAAAACAUGGUGCAGGCUGAAUGGUUGUUUAUGUUAAAGCUAAUUGCUGUUUGUUGUGGGUUUGAUAAUUUGUGUGGAUAUAAGAAUAAAAAAGAUAUAAAUAG